UCUGUACAUAUAAAUGCAGAUUUACAAGUGCUGCUGAUUUACAUUUUAACUUCAGAUGGGACAACUUGAGUUUAAACACACCAACACAGACUAAAACUGAAAAUGAUGAAGAUUCCCCUGGUUAUUGCAUUGGCAAUGUGUACAGGUUGCCAAGCCAACUUUUUCAAUGCUGAUGAACCCAAGCCACAACUAAAGUUAGCUGAUGUAUUCAGGAGCUUCGUUGACCAAACCAGGCGCACUGCAGAGGAAACCAUUGAGAAGAUUCAGACUUCCCAAGUGGGACAAGAAUUUAAACAGCACACCACCAACCUGAAGGAAACGAUGGAUCCUCUGAUGACCCAAAUCACAGAAGGUGCUGACAUGCUGAAGAAUCGUAUAGAAGAGGAAAUGAGUGUCGUGAGGUGUGCACUAAAGCCCUACAUUGAAGUUGUCACAGAUCCUUUUGAGAAGGCAGCUAAUCACAUGAGAGAAGCUCUGAAAUUUGAGGCCAGAGAAGUAAAGAGCUGAGAGAGAGCCUGGAGAAAAAUGGAAGAACUGAAGACUUUAAGCUGCAAUAACAAUUUACCUUUUUAUCAACAUGGAGUUGUACUAGAAUCUUAUUUGUUGUAUAUUUAGAAAGCAAUGACCUGGUGAAAUGUGUAAUGUAAUGUAUAAAAAUGCCUCUGCUGAACUGCUGUGUGGUAAAUUAGUAAGCCCAAUAAAUCCUCUAGAAAAGUA